CGUGCUUCCGCUCAGGAGCAAUGGCUCGCGCUGCUGGAUGCGUUUGUUGAUCAGUGAUAAACGCGAUUAUUAGAUAUAUUUAAUAAAGUGAUUUGAGGUGAAGCCGCCGGACGGUCAUCAUCAUCAUCAUGGGUCGCCGCUCCACCUCCUCCACCAAGAGUGGGAAGUUCAUGAACCCCACCGACCAGGCCAGGAAGGAGGCGCGCAAGAGAGAGCUGAAGAAGAACAAGAAGCAGAGGAUGAUGGUCCGAGCGGCUGUGCUGAAGAUGAAGGACCCGCGGCAGAUCAUCAGAGACAUGGAGAAACUCGACGAGAUGGAGUUCAACCCUGUGCAGCAGCCGCUGCUGAACGAGAAGGUGUUGCGCGACAAGCGUAAGAAGCUGCGCGAGACGUUCGAGCGAAUCGUGCGCCUGUACGAGCGAGAGAACCCAGAGACGUAUAAGGAUCUGCGUAAGCUGGAGGUCGAGUACGAGACCAAGAGAGGCCAGCUCUCGCUCUACUUCGACUCCGUCAAGAACGCGGAGUCGGUGGAGGUGGACAGUAUUCCUCUGCCAGACAUGCCUCACGCUCCCUCCAGCAUCCUCAUCCAGGACAUCCCACUACCUGGAGCCCAGCCACCCUCCAUCCUGAAGAAGAGCUCAGCACUCGGGAAAGGUUCAGCGCUCUCUGCUGCUGCUCUGGCUGGAGUUCCUCGUCUGCCGCCGGGACGCAAACCACCAGGACCCCCUCCAGGACCCCCGCCACCACAGAUCCUGCAGCUGUACGCCAGCACACGCCGCACAGAGGGCAGCGGUGGCUCAGACACUGAAAUGAUGGACACUGGUGCACGAAACUCUGACAGCGAGAGCGACACCGACGACGACGACAGCGACUCUCAGGACGACAGCGGCGGAGAGAGAGACAGUACAGAUGCUGGCGCGCGAGUGACGGCUGAUCGCCACGACGACCGCGAUGAGGAGAGAGACCGGGGCGAGAAACACACAGGUCGCAGUGUGCGGUUCGCAGACAUGCCUCCGCCCAAAGACAAGAGGAAGAGGAGGGUGGUGAAGACGAAGAGCAUUACACCGCUGCAGGCCAUGAUGUUGCGGAUGGCAGGUCAGUCUGUCCCGGAGGAAGAGGAGGAGGAGGAUGAAGAGGAGUACUCGGACUCUGAGGAGUCGGAUGCUGAGGACCAGGUCUCUGCCGAAGCCGCUCAGUCAUUGGUCAAUCCUAGACUUUCUGUUCCAUCGGCACCAAUGGCAGCGCAGCAGCCUCCUCCACACAUGCAGGCUCCACCAAUCACAGGGCCUCCUCCUUUAGGACCGCCUCCUGCUCCUCCAAUGAGGCCGCCAGGCCCGCCGUCCGGCCCGCCUCCAGGCCCGCCUCCCGGCGCUCCCCCGUUCCUGAGGCCUCCUGGACUCCCCGGGUCCCUCAGGGGCCCGAUGCCUCGCCUGCUGCCUCCAGGACCCCCCCCGGGCCGCCCCCCCGGCCCUCCCCCGGGCCCCCCGCCGGGCCUGCCUCCAGGACCCCCGCCCCGAGGGCCCCCGCCCCGCCUGCCCCCUCCGGCCCCGCCAGGAAUGCCUCCACCCCCCCCUCCGCCCCGCUCCGGCCCCCCCCGCAUGGCCCCGCCCCCCUCUCUGUUCCCGCCUCCGCUCACUCCCAACGUGCUCAGCGCUCCGCCCAGCCUCCGCCAGAAGACUCCUGCGGCUCCGCCCCCCUCUGGCGACGCCCCCCUCCCGCCUCCCCCCAGAGGCUCCGCCCUGCAGAUGCCGCCGCCCCCCGGCACCUCCGCCCACCCGCUCGCCCCCACCAUCGAGAAGCGGGCCACCGUCGCGGGCGGCUCCGGCCCGGCCUCGGCCCAGCCGGGGGGCGCCACCAUCUCCGCCAAGCCCCAGAUCAUCAACCCCAAGACAGAGGUGACGCGCUUCGUGCCCACGGCGCUCCGCGUGCGCAGGGACCGGGCCGGCGGGGCCGGAGGGCCGGAGAGAGCCAGCCGGAGGGAGGAGGAGCCUCGACACCAGGCCGCCGCCCACCCGAGCCAGCCGGACCGGCCCGCGCCGCCCAGCAUGAAGACCAAGGACCAGAUGUACGAGGCCUUCAUGCGGGAGAUGGAGGGCCUGCUCUAGCUGCGCUCACUAGCCGCUGCCUGUCCGUACCAGUGGCGCUCGCUUUAGAAGCUCUUUUGUACCUUUUCUCUCUGCAGCGUCACGUGAUUGUGUUUUAUCUGUAAACAUGAAUAAAAAUGUCAAACCCCUG